GGGUCAGCUGGCGGGCCCAACCCCCAACCGAAUGACGUCUCAGCCCAGCUGCCCCUCCGCCUUGGUGUCGGCCGCGAAGGGACGCAUCACGCGGAAGCUUCGACCGUUAGACCAGUUAGUCAAGCAAACGGAAGCAGCCAAGCAUCCUUAUGUGAGCCUGGCGCGUGCGUUGUCCGUUGUCCAGAUGCCUGGGUCCGCUUUCAACUCCUGCUUCCAUCAUUGUUCUCGACGCGGGGCGGCUCCAGCUAAGCGGUGGAUGAAAACACCCCAUCAUCAAUCAAAACUCCCCUACUGCUCUUCCUUUGCAUCCAACAAGCUGGCUGGCCUCCAGUUGAUCCGUCGGCUCACCCACCGCCGACAUGUCGCUCUUCUCAGCUCAGCUGUAUCCGGGUCAGGCCUUGGGGUUCUUGGUCCUCGGCGCCUCUCUCCAUGAUAUCCUCACCCGUCUAAAGGCCGAGCCUCAGCGCUUCCCCAAACUGGAUCUGAUCUACUCUCCGAACGAACCCAUCAAGGAGCCCGUCAUCGUCAACCUUCCUUCAAAUGGCAUUCGUAUCCGCUUUGACGGCCCCGAACAGAGGUUGCGCCUGGUUGAAGUAAUCGAUUUUACCAAGAACCACAUCACAUUCAAGGAGUCCAACAACGAACGCGACCUUGUCCGCCCGCCCGGAAGCGGCUCGACUAUUUCGUCGACGGAUGCCGUCGCGGCCGGCCCCACCUUCAAGCACAUAUACAACCGUUUCCUAGGCCCGACUUAUGACGGCGAGUUUGUUGGUGGUGGCGACGACAAGGAGGAAGGCACCUAUGUGCUGUCUUAUCCAGGCGUCGCCUUCACAUUUCCUAUGCCUCGGUCGGCAUACUCGCCAAGCAAAGACGUCAUGUCAUUGCUUUCGCACAAUGGUACCCAGACAGCUACCUCGAUGGCAGUAUUUAGCGGCGAUUCGUGGGCCCAGGCGCGCGACGCCCUCUGGACUGACCCUCUGCCAAGCCUGAAGACCUUCGCUCCCCUGGCCAAGAGUGCGAAGGACAGCACCAGCCCGGACGAGGUGGCUCUGGUCCGAAUCCAUGGUGGCGGCAAACUUCAACUCGUGCGCAAAUGGAACUCGACAUGCAGCGCAACGCACAACGCCUCGGGCCCGUCGGCUCCUGCGUCGCUUGGACACUCGGCGCCUUCAACCUGGAUCACUCUGGGCGAGACGAGCGCACAAGAUUUAGUGGCGGAGCUAGGCCCUCCCGACGCCAUAUACCGCAAGAAUGACCAGCGCAUGUACAUUCACCGAGUCCGAACGGCAAGCAACAGCCGAACGCGCCCGGAAACGACAUCAGCCGGAGACCUCAAGCCCGGCAGUCUAGGAGCUCGUGACGAUCUGACCGAUACCGACUUGUCAGCCAACACGGCCUCGGACGAUGACGAUGACGAAUCGAAUGGCGAGGCAGUCGAGGAUGAGUAUGCCGACAAUGUUGCGGGCGAGUGCUUCUACAACUACUUCUACCUCGGCUUUGACAUACUUGUGUCGACACCAACUACACCAUCUCGGCCCCCACCUUCACUGUCGCAACACGGAGGAGAUGAGCAGAACACCCUCCCAUCAGAGUCAACAGACCGGCUCGUGGCGGUCAAGAUGAUUCUCCAUGGAAAUGUGCCGGGCUCCUACCCUUUCAACCGCCACCGGCGCUGUCGAUGGGAGAUAGCCUAUCUCGAUUACGAGGGGGCUGGCGCUGUGGACUCGGAAACACCCUUUCCUGAGAUGGAGGAACGUUUGCGCGAGGAGUGGCGGCCGGCGUACGCUUCUGAGGCAGAUGCGAGGCAACGGCAGCGCGGUAUGGUCCUUAACCGCGGCUGGGGCGACAGCCCCGGGAGCAGCAUCGAGCUUCUCGGAGAUUGGGAGGGCGACAGUGUGGGCAUGGGUGGCAGGAGCGGCAGUAGGAAGAUGGGCAACGAUGGCGUCGGGGGCGAGAACUCGACGACGACGCUCUACGGGUUCCCGGGCCUGGUAUUCGAGGUUCUGCGCAAUGGGUUUGUCAGUGCAGUGACAGUAUUCUGAGCUUCAUUGGGUGUGUCUGGGCUUUUGGGUAGAGAGGCGUUUGCGUUCCAUGUGCGACGUGCAUUUGCUUCUAUCGGUUCGGGUCAGAUGGCGUUUUGGAAAGAUUGACUUUGCGGCCUUAUCAUUGGCACACUAGAUCACACGUUGGGGACGACCAGACUAUUUGCUUUUUUUUCUUGGGUUGCUCGAGUGUUUUGCUCCACGAAUGCUCGUGACGGGACACUAUACUCUCCCAGCUUGUUAUUUGGUAUCGCUAGAGGCAGUUAGACAGAUGGGCGGGCUCUCCAAUUCUAAACAUGUUGAGUCCAAACUACGUCCACAGUAGAGCUCCUGCCGGCCACGAAAUUCUUCACGUAAAGCUUAUAAGAAACCGCAGCAUCUAUAAUUGCUCUACAUUACUCUACACAGAAAACAAG